AUGAUGAGCCAUUCGUUUAAGCGAUUUAGCUAUCCAUCGAAUCAAAUCCUCCGCCAAUCACCCUUCAAGCCGCUAACUUAUUAUGGACUAGUAACCCUAAACAUUGAGCCUCACCUGAAAAUCCAAACUCAAAUUACGACCACCAUGAAAGACGAGGUUCGGACGAGAUCAUACAGAGAUGCCAUCUACCAAAACCGGCAUCUUUUCAAAGAUAAGAUAGUACUUGAUGUGGGAUGUGGAACUGGGAUUCUCAGCAUGUUUGCGGUUCGCGCUGGAGCCAAACACGUUAUUGGAGUGGAUAUGUCUUCCAUCAUCGAAAAGGCCCGCGAAAUCGUGGCAGUAAACGGGAUGGCGGACCACAUCACCCUUCUGCAGGGUAAGAUGGAAGAAGUGCAACUCCCCUACCCAAAAGUCGAUAUCAUUAUAUCCGAAUGGAUGGGAUAUUUCCUUCUCUACGAAUCUAUGCUUGACACUGUUCUGUAUGCUCGCGACAAUUAUCUUGUUGCCGACGGCAAGAUCUUCCCAGACAAAGCCACCGUCUACCUCGCCGGUAUUGAAGAUGGUGAAUACAAGGACGAUAAGAUCGGAUUUUGGGAUAAUGUCUGGGGAUUCAAUUACUCCCCUAUGAAAAACGUGGCUCUGACAGAACCCCUCGUUGACACUGUCGAGCUUAAAGCCCUAGUCACCGACCCUUGUCCCGUCCUCACUCUCGAUUUAUAUACAGUCACCACUGCUGAUCUCGUAUUCACCGUCCCCUUCAGGCUCACCGCGAAACGCAACGAUUUCAUCCACGCGAUCAUCGCGUGGUUCGAUAUCGAUUUCACAGCCUGCCACAAAAAAAUUCGAUUUUCCACUGGACCCCACGCCAAGUACACCCACUGGAAGCAAACUGUGUUCUAUAUUCGGGAAGUCCUUACAAUUGAGGAAAAUGAAUGUGUCACUGGGUUCCUGGACAAUAAGCCUAAUGAGAAAAACAAGCGGGAUCUGGACAUUAAGAUCUCGUACACCUUUGAGACAGAAGAUGAAACACGUGCUGCCCAGGGCAGCUGUGAGUAUAAAAUGUGUUAAACGUUCAACUUUUGAAAAAAAUUCUACUAUUCUGCGAAGAAUUUAUGCUUUGCAUAUUUUCCUUACGUUGAUUCUUCUUUCAAAUUUUUGUUUGACUUUUUGAUACUCUACCUUUUUUGCUUCUUUAUCCCUUCUUUCUUAUAUGUUCAGCCCUGAAUGCGGAGAUGGCGUUACUUCAAAAACAAACAAGCAGCAUUGCGUCGCCUGCAUGCGCCUAUUUAUGGUCAGGCAAAAGGAAGUGACAAUGGUGACGAACUCUUAUAGGAGCAAGGAAGGGUAGAGAGGGAAAGAGCGAAAAAAAGGUACUGCAGGCGUUUUGGGGAAAAUAGCAUAUAAUGUGGCGUCCGAUUAUAUGGAGCAAAUGAUAUAUAGGACAUGAUUUCUCAAGCUCCUCGAUUUGUUAGAGAUACCCCGAGUUGACGCUUAAUCUUACUGCUUCAUUCAGC